ACUCAAGCUGCAGCCUAGCAGAGUCGCCGCAGCUUGAGUCCCAUUCUCCUUCGGCCCGAGAGCCCCGGCUGUUUCCCUUUCGUCCCCUUCCCUGAAAACUGGGUUCUCCCAGCCCAGGUUGAGGGUCCCGGAGGAUAGGAGAGGGGAGCGUCUUUAGCUCUAACUCCUCUCCCUGAAAUCCCUGGCCCUGGUGCCAGGCCUGCUGUGACUUCCCACGAAGCGGGGUGAAGCGACAGGUCAUCUGGGCCCCAGUCCCACUCCCGCAGCGCCACUUUCUGACCCUUGAGAGUAGCGCCUUAGGUGCGGGGCAACUCGGGAAGCGAGGCUUCGACCUUCCAGCCCCGGUCAGCGCGAGCUACGCCGCCGAGGCCUAGUUCUCCAGUCUCAAUCGGGUCCCGGGGCCGCGGGUUCAGCGGGUAGGAUAGCGAGCGCGCGGGACCUGCUGCACUUAGGCCUCCCAAAUCCGCGAGACAUUUUUGGGCGCUGGGCGGGUCACCUUUCAGCCCCCGCCGGGACCCGGUUGUCCGCAACUAGGACCGGGCAGAAAGAAGGCUACCGGCUUGUGUUGGCAAAGAAGGGCCUGUGGCCGUGGCUGACCUCGGGCCGCUUGAUAGAACCGCCACCUCUACAGUGGCCCCUUCUGGCCGCCUCUGCCGGACCUGCGGUUGAGACGUGGUGGGAUUGCGGGCCGGGCCCCCAGACGCAGCAGAGCUUGAAAGGACUGCGCGGUGGGAGACCCGCACUGCGCCCGGCCCCUGGCCCCCCUGGAUCCGUCGGGGCGCCUCCACCCGGCUGUUAGCAUGAUGUCUUACCUCAAACAACCCCCAUACGGCAUGAACGGGCUGGGCCUGGCCGGGCCCGCCAUGGACCUCCUGCAUCCCUCCGUGGGCUAUCCGGCCACCCCGCGGAAGCAGCGGCGGGAGCGCACCACCUUCACGCGCUCGCAGCUGGACGUGCUGGAGGCGCUUUUCGCCAAGACUCGCUACCCUGACAUCUUCAUGCGCGAGGAGGUGGCGCUCAAGAUCAACCUGCCAGAGUCCAGAGUCCAGGUCUGGUUCAAGAACCGCCGCGCCAAAUGCCGCCAGCAGCAGCAGAGCGGGAGCGGGACCAAGAGCCGCCCAGCCAAGAAGAAGUCGUCUCCGGUGCGGGAGAGCUCGGGCUCCGAAAGCAGCGGCCAGUUCACGCCGCCCGCUGUGUCCAGCUCCGCCUCAUCCUCUAGCUCGGCAUCCAGCGCCUCCGCCAACCCAGCGGCUGCAGCGGCUGCAGGCCUGGGCGGGAACCCGGCGGUGGCAGUCCCGUCGUCGUUGAGUACGCCGGCUGCCUCAUCCAUCUGGAGUCCGGCCUCCAUCUCGCCCGGCUCAGCCCCGGCGUCGGUGUCGGUGCCUGAGCCAUUGGCCGCGCCUAGCAACGCAUCGUGUAUGCAGCGCUCGGUAGCCGCAGGCGCCGCCUCGGCCGCAGCCUCUUAUUCCAUGUCCUACGGCCAGGGCGGCAGCUACGGCCAAGGCUACCCUGCGCCCUCCUCUUCCUACUUUGGCGGCGUGGACUGCAGCUCAUAUCUAGCGCCCAUGCACUCGCACCACCACCCGCACCAGCUCAGCCCUAUGGCGCCCUCCUCCAUGGCCGGCCACCAUCACCACCAUCCGCACGCGCACCACCCGCUGAGCCAGUCCUCAGGCCACCACCACCACCACCACCACCACCACCACCACCAGGGCUACGGCGGCUCGGGGCUCGCCUUCAACUCUGCCGACUGCUUGGAUUACAAGGAGCCUGGCGCCGCCGCCGCUUCCUCCGCUUGGAAACUCAACUUUAACUCGCCCGACUGCCUGGAUUAUAAGGACCAAGCCUCAUGGCGGUUCCAGGUCUUGUGAGCCCAGGAGUGGAAGAAAGAGAAGAAACGCAACUACCUGCGCCCUCCGUGACCCCCGUCCUAUUGCUGCUGCUGCUGCACCGCCCGCCUUUGCCUCGGCUUCUCUAGACCUGAAUUUUCAUGCCCCCAAAAGAUGCCCAUCGCCUGCACUGCCGCCCUCAUUUUUGUGCCACUUGCUUGGGGGAUGUGCAAACCCGCCCGCCCCUUGGACCAGGGAACCGGUGCUUCGGCUUGGCCCACAAGUUGUCUGGGCGAGCUAUGUGCUCCCCUCAACCCCUAACGAACUCCUGAGUCACGCUCUUCCAGUCUUGCUGGACAGUUAUUAUGCACUUGCAGCCUUCGGAGGCUCUUCGCUCUGACUCGCUGUUUGAGCCCUACUCUUUUUAUUUAUUCUUUCUGGACACUGGAGUCACUAACUGGCAUGUGUCUGCUCACUGGAGUGCACCCACACUCCAAAUCAAAACAACCACUAAGUGUUUCUCGCGUGCAGACCGCCGCCCCGUCAUCUGCCCUCGGCCCUGCUCCCGGCCUGCAGGCCAGAGCUUCCCGGGGGUUCCUCCGCCCCAGCCGGAUGCGUCGGGGCAAGGCCGGAGGGAGGAGCGCGCCCCUAGCCUCUCGCGCACAGCCCCGCCCUGCGUAGAAUUGGCUCAAGCUUCCGCCUCGGCGGGAAUGCUGUACAUAGUCGGGUCCGUUCCAGGGGCCACUUAAACUUUUUAGUUGCUGUUUGUUGAACUGAGCAUAUCGUUUUAGCGCCCAGGAAAUAGAACUUUAAGAUAUAUAUAGCAUAUAUAUAUACAUAUAUAAAA